AUGCACGAAGAGGAGGACAGUAAUAUGGCUGAAGAAGAAUCUUCAUCUUCAGCAUCGCAGAAAACAGCCAAAAAAGACUCCGAACAACAAUCACCACCUAUGUCCGAUGACGAAGCCGAGGAGCCACCACCAGCUUUUAGUUUAGCUACCUUGGGCCUGCAACGUGUUGGCACCGCCCCACCACCCAAACCACAACCUCAACAGCCCAUACAAAUGCUCAAUGCCCGUGGUAUGCCGGCAAGAAUUCGAAAACGGAAUCGCCUCUUUUUCGACGAUGACAUUAUCAACGAUGACAAACCGCUACGCAUGAGCCUAUCGCCGCGUAAAAAUGCAAUGAAACUCAAUUCACCACACAAGACACCAACAAAAAUUCUUAAAAAACGUAAAGGUGUUGCAUCGCGCUACAUGCGUUCCGACGAGAAACGACAACAUUCACCAUCCACGUCGACGAGAGGUGGCAGUUCCCUAAUAACAACACCCAAAUCUGGUACGAGCCGUAAUAGCAAUCUCACCACUCCGGGUGGCAGUUCGAUUGGUUCCAUUAUACCAGCCGAUAAGAAAAUCGGCCAAAGGAUUGGCAUGCGUCUUCGCAAUCUCUUGAAGCUGCCCAAGGCCCAUAAAUGGGUGAUAUACGAAUGGUUCUACUCGUUCAUCGAUAAACCUUUGUUUGAGGGUGAAAAUGAUUUCCAAGUCUGUCUGGCCGAAUCUUUUCCCAAUUUACGUACACGCGAGCUGACCAGGGCGGAAUGGCAAAAAGUACGUUCCCUGAUGGGUAAACCACGUCGUUGUUCACAGGCUUUCUUUGAUGAGGAGCGGCGGGAAUUGGAAAAGAAACGGCAAAAAAUGCGUUUUAUGCAAAGUCGCAGAUCAGGAGAGGUCAAGGACAUGAAUUUCCUAAGAGAUUUGCCUGAUAAAAUACCACUACCCCUGCCGGUGGGUACCAAGGUUACGGCAAGAUUACGUGUACCCCAGGAUGGCAUAUUUAGUGGUACCGUGGAUGCCUUCGAAUCCAUGACCUCGUCGUAUCGUGUAACAUUUGAUCGUCCCGGUUUGGGUACCCAUUCCAUACCGGAUUAUGAAAUUGUUUCGGAGAAUUUCAAUGAAAUGCUGCCACUGCAGUGUAUCACCAAAGAUUUUCGUCCAAGUUUGAUGAGUGUCUACAAUGGAGCCACACGCAACACCGUAUCACCAAUGCGUGGUGGCGCCGCUGGUGGUGGAUUACGCCAAGUACGCUCAUCAUACAACAAUAUGAAUUUGAAUAAAAGUGAUCCCCUGUUGGGAGAGGUCAUUGAUAGUCCUUUCAAGAAUCCCGUUAUACGUGAAGAGAAUAUAAAUGGUUAUCCACCAAAAUUGCUGGAGACUUUGGUACGCCUCAAACGGGCUUUGAAAAUAAAACAAUCCAAAUUAUCUCGACUCAAUGAUAUGAACAAUGAAGCCGAGUUGAAGGUGUCACAACAAUUGGUGGCAGCCCACAAUAACUCCGGGUCCUCAUCAUCGGAUGAAAGUCAAAAUAUAAAUGCGGCAGAUGGCAAUGGUCCCCAACUGAGUGAAGAAUUCCAAAGGCGUUAUGCUUCAAUCAUUAUUUCCAUGGAGAAAAUGAAUCGUGACAUACAGGAUUAUCUGAAUGAAGUGCAAUCCUUUGCCUCGGACAUAACAAGAGAUCCACAAGUUCAGGCCAUGUUAACACCAUCAUAUUUGAGGGAGAAAUGCCGAGAAGCUGCUGAGGAAGCAGUGCAACGUAAUAGCCAGGGAAUUUUGAAAAAUAAGAGCAUACUCAGCCUCAUUAAGAAAUUGGCAACUGUUCUCUUGGUAGCCUCCCAUUUGAGUAGUGAAAACUCGGCACAAGUCAACAAAGUUUUGGAGGGUUGCAUAGAAGAGGUGCGUUCCAGUUUGUAUGGCGGCAAUGUGGAAACAUUUCAAAAGCAUGUACAAAUACAUUUACACCACAUACGUUUGGGUAUUGGCCAGAGCAUGAUGAAUACAAGUGUCAACAUGAUGAAUAGCAGUGGUGGUGGUGGUGGCCCUGGAAACGUAGAGCGUUAA